AUGGGCUACAGCAACGUCGAUCAAUUGGCCAUCAACACCAUCCGUCUGUUGGCGGUUGAUGCCACCUUCAAGGCCAACUCCGGUCACCCCGGUGCCCCCAUGGGCAUGGCCCCCGUGUCUCACGUUCUCUUCAACAAGUUCAUGACCUUCAACCCCCAGAACCCCGACUUCCCCAACCGUGAUCGCUUUGUUCUCUCCAACGGCCACGGCUGCAUGCUCCAAUAUGCUCUCCUUCACUUGUUCGGCUACAAGGUCUCUAUGGAUGACCUGAAGAACUUCAGACAAAUUGACAGCAUCACCCCUGGUCACCCCGAGGCCCACGACACCCCCGGUGUCGAGGUCACCACUGGUCCUCUGGGUCAGGGUUUCGCCAACGCUGUUGGUUUGGCCAUUGCCCAGAAGCACUCCGCUGGUGUCUUCAACAAGCCCGGCUACGAGCUGUUCAACAACCACACCUUCUGCUUCUUCGGUGAUGGCUGCGCUAUGGAGGGUAUUGCCAGCGAGGCUGCCUCGAUGGCUGGUCACUUGAAGCUUGGCAACUUGAUUGCCAUCUACGAUGACAACCACAUCUCCAUCGAUGGUGACACCAAGUGCGCCUUCACUGAGGAUGUUACCAAGCGUUUCGAGGCCUACGGCUGGCACACCGUUUGGGUCAAGGACGGUGACAACGACCUUGAUGCCAUUGAGGCUGCCAUCCGCGAAGCCAAGAGCGUCACCGACAAGCCUUCCGUCAUCCGUUUGACCACUACCAUUGGUUUCGGCUCCAAGCUCCAGGGUACCGGUGGUGUCCACGGCAACCCCUUGAAGGCGGACGACAUUGAGAGUGUCAAGCAGCGUUUCGGCUUCGACCCCAAGCAGAGCUUUGUCGUUCCCCAGGAGGUCUACGACCUCUACCACAAGCACGCCGCUGAGGGUGCCGCCGCGGAGCAGGAGUGGAACAAGCUCUUCGAGAAGUAUGCCUCCGAGUACAAGUCUGAGCACGCUGAGCUCACCCGCCGUCUCUCCGGCAAGCUCGCUGAGGGAUGGGAGAAGAGCCUUCCCACCUACAAGCCCUCCGACCCUGCCGUGGCUACCCGUAAGCUCUCCGAGGCUGUCCUCGAGAAGAUCCACGACGUUGUUCCCGAGCUCCUGUCUGGCUCUGCCGACUUGACUGGCUCCAACAACACUCGCUGGAAGAACGCUGUCGACUUCCAGCCCCCUGAGUACAACAUCGGUGACUGGUCCGGUCGUUACCUCCGUUACGGUGUCCGUGAGCACGCCAUGGCUGCUGUCAUGAACGGUCUCGCUGCCUACGGUACCGUCAUCCCCGCCGGUGGUACUUUCCUCAACUUCGUCUCCUACGCCGCCGGUGCCGUCCGCCUCUCCGCCCUCUCUCGCGUUCGCGCCAUCCACGUCGCUACCCACGACUCCAUCGGUCUGGGUGAGGACGGACCCACUCACCAGCCUAUCGAGACUCUUGCCCACUUCCGUGCUCUGCCCAACUGCAUGGUCUGGCGCCCGGCUGAUGGAAACGAGACCAGCGCUGCCUACUACUCUGCCCUGACCUCCAAGCACACCCCCAGCAUUCUGGCUCUUACCCGCCAGAACCUGCCCCACCUCGAGAACUCUACCAUCGAGAACGCUCUCAAGGGUGCCUACGUUGCCGUUGACGCUCCCGACGCUGCCGUCACCCUCAUCUCCACUGGUUCCGAGGUCAGCAUCUGUAUCGAGGCUGCCACCUACCUCAAGGAGAAGCACGGCAUUGCUGCCCGCGUCGUCUCCGUUCCCUGCUUCGAGGUCUUCGACGCCCAGGACAAGUCCUACAGACUCCAGGUCCUUCCCGAUGGUAUCCCCAUCCUCUCCGUCGAGGCCCUCACCACCAUGGGCUGGGAGCGCUACUCUCACGAGCAGUUCGGUCUCAACCGCUUCGGUGCCUCCGGUCCUUACAAGGAGGUCUACGCUAAAUUCGAGUUCACUCCCGAGGGCAUCAGCAAGCGCGCCAUCGCCACCAUUGACUUCUACAAGGGUCACAAGGUGCGCUCGCCCAUCAACCGUGCUUUCCAGCAGAUUCUGUAG